AACAAUACAAUGAUCCAUCAAUUCAUCAAUGUACAUGGCCUUGGCCCCGUGGAGGUUAAAAAUCCACCUACUGACAUACUUUGAUCAAUUAAAAAAAAUUCCGCGUCGGCCGCACAAUGGUGAUUGAUCUGUAUAUUCUCAGUGGAGAAAGUUUCUUUAGCUCAAAAAUAUUUUUCCCUCCGGCCAGAACAUUAAUUAUGCUUGGAAAUUGAAGCAAUAGAAACAUCGAACCAUCUUUUACCCGAUAGUGCUGGAAAUAAAAAAUAAAAUGAAGGAUUUUAUCACGUCGGGGGGAUCUGCCGUCAUAACGGCGAAUUUACAGAGAUACAAACCUCGAGGGAUUUGAACUUGUCACCAAGACCAAAUUGGUUUUUGUUUUUCUGCACUUGGAUCUCCAAUUUAACGCCUUAGUGCCAGAGAUCUGCUAUCUUUUUUAUAUAGUAUGACGAGUGAUACUAAAGAUAUGGUUUUUAAUUUUCAAUGACGCGCAUGUGAGUAUAAAAAUGAGGGAGAGGCUUGUUUCACUACCGGUAUUGGUAGUUUUGUUAGCCACAGGUUUUGUUUACUACACCACCGUAUUCAUCGUGACGGAGCAAUGGCUGAGCCUGAAGACUGCUGCUGGUCUACUCAAUGCUAUCAUCUUUACAGGAUUGACAGUAAUGUCCCUCAUAUGUUAUACCCUUGCAAUUCUCAAAGACCCAGGACAUGUCCCCUCCUCGUAUGUUAGAGAUCUUGAAGACGCGGACACUUUCAUGCACGAGGUUAAGAGAAAGGGUGGAGAUAUGAGAUAUUGCCAAAAGUGUGGCCAUUAUAAGCCUCCUCGUGCACAUCACUGUCGUGUUUGCAAAAGGUGUGUACUAAGGAUGGAUCAUCACUGUGUGUGGAUAAAUAAUUGUGUUGGCCAUGAAAAUUACAAGGCUUUCUUCCUCUUUGUACUCUAUAUUGUUGUAGCUUGCAUCUAUGCACUGGCACUGCUUGUGGGCAGUGCACUUGGAGAACUCAAUCACAAUGAGCGGCAAUCUGGAAAUAUUUUCAGGGCGUCUUACGUUCUCUGUGCAUCAAUACUUAUUCCAUUAACAGUGGCUUUAGUUGUUCUCCUGGGUUGGCACAUGUAUCUCCUUUCACAUAACAAGACAACAAUUGAGUAUCAUGAGGGAGUGCGAGCUAUGUGGUUAGAUGAAAAAGCAGGGCGAGUGUAUCGCCACCCAUAUGAUCUUGGACUUUAUGCAAAUAUUGUUUUGGUGCUGGGACCAAAUCUAGCUACAUGGUUUUGCCCGACAGCAUUAGGGCAUAUUGGUUCUGGUCUUCGAUUUCCAACUUAUAAUGAUAAUAUUUGUGAGCAAUCUAGUUCUGCUUGAAGGCUUGUCCUGGUAGCUCUUCAAAAGAUAAAUAAAUGGCCAUAUAACUUCUGAUAGGUGUAUUUGCCUGAGCUAUAUGAAAUAUUGGCACUAGUCCUUGAUUUUUGACAUUUAAAGGUAACGUUUCCCUGGAAAACUGCUUUUUCUUUGAGCAUGUGUUGAUCAAUUAUCAUUUGGAUACUUUUUGGAAAGCUAGUUCUUGCUUUAAAGUGCUUUGAUAAUACAUUCAUAGAUGGUAGCUUUUCAAACUUCAAAUGGUUCAGCAUUUCAGUGUAGGGAUUCUUUUCAGGUCAAGGGUUGUAACUAGUGAGCCAGAGGCCGUUGUAGUGUUGCUGAUUCUUCACCAUUUUGUUGAGUCAGUUUCACUGUUGUAACAAGCUUUGAAAAGUGGUAAUGAAAUUGCACAAUUGGCGUUUGGUCCA